UGACGUCGAGUUGCUGCCUGCGGCCUCCAUCAGUGGCUGACGACGACCUAUCAAGAAAGAUCACAAAGAAACUUUGUCGACAUUGCCACCACGUUUGGCUUUCUUUUCCCUGUGGGGACUCGAUCGAAUUACAGUAAACACUUGCAAGAUUUCUCCAAGAGAGCCCCUUUCCCCUGCUAGCACAAGUUCACGCACAGAUGACAUGGAGGAAAGUUGUGAAGGUUUCUCCUUGCUUCAUCUUGCAUGCCGUGUCGCAGAUGUUGGGAUGGUUGAAUUACUAUUGCAGUAUGGCUCUACUGUAAAUAUGACUGAUUCAAAGGGCCGGACACCCCUUCAUCACUGCAUUUUGAAAGGAAGACAUCAGCAUGCCAAGCUUCUCCUCUCCAGAGGGGCCGAUUCACAAGCGAUGGAUCAAGAUGGUAGAACAGCAUUACAGUACGCAAUUGACGGUGGAACAAGCGAUGAAGAUAUUCUUAUUUUGUUAGAGGACCAUAGUAGAUAAUCUUGCAAUCACAUCUUCAGAAAAUCAAAGCCCCCCUUUUGGUGUGGUCGACUCAACUAACAUGGCUCCAGUUGCGCCCGGUCCCAGCUUGCCUUGCAGAUAAUCCAAGUUUGUGGCAUGAAAGCAAUUUA